UUCACAGGAAAGUUACCAGGGUCAGACUUUAUUGUACUCCAUGAGGCUCCAGCCUUGAUGGGAUGAAUCAUAAUGUGAACGAUGGUUGCCUGUAGCCAGACUUAAGGAGAGACACAGAGCCUGGAGGAGGGAAAAGAGAGAGAGGAGAAGAGAGAGAGAGCGAGAGAGAGUGUUGAUCUGCAGCCCCCAGCCUUCCCUCUGUUGCUGCUACAGUACGUGUGGAAGGCGGAGUGAGGGAGAGAGAGGUGGCAGAGGCAGAGCUGGUGUUUGUCUCUGACACUCGGAGGGGGAGAAGAGGAGAACGCUGCGAGCCGUGCGGUGAAGAGCAGAGCCAGCCGGUGCUCUGAUAUACGUCCAGUGUGAGUGAGUGAGUGAAUCAGUCCAGAACCCUGCGCAUCUCCACCGUUUUCUGAGCAUCCCCCCGUGGCACCCGGACUCUGACACCAACCACAGAAACAGGAAUACCUGUGUCCACUGAAGGGGUCUGUGCAGUGGAGCAUGUUGUGACAGCCAUGUCUCUGGAGAUGGAAAAGACCAUCACCAAGCUGAUGUACGACUUCCAGAGGAACUCCACCUCUGAUGAUGACUCUGGAUGUGCCCUGGAGGAGUAUGCCUGGGUUCCUCCAGGCCUCAGUCCUGAGCAGGUGCAUCAGUAUUACAACUCCCUACCUGAAGAGAAGGUCCCUUACAUAAACAGCCCUGGAGAGAAAUUUCGCAUCAAACAGCUGCUGCAUCAGUUGCCACCACAUGACAAUGAGGUGCGUUAUUGUAACGCGAUGGUUGAGGACGAGAAACGAGAGCUGAAGCUCUUCAGCAACCAACGGAAGAAGGACAAUUUGGGAAGAGGCAAUGUCCGUCCUUUUCCUCUCACCAUCAAUGGGGCUAUUUGUGACAAGUGUGGUGGUCAGAUAAACGGAGGAGACAUAGUGGUUUUCGCCGCACGGGCAGGUCAUGGACAAUGCUGGCACCCUCACUGCUUUGCUUGCAGCAUGUGUGAAGAGCUGUUGGUAGAUCUCAUCUACUUCUAUCAGGACGGAAAGGUCUUCUGUGGCCGGCACCACGCUGAGAGGCUGAAGCCCCGCUGCUGUGCCUGUGAUGAGAUAAUCUUUGCUGAUGAAUGCACCGAGGCAGAGGGCAGGCACUGGCACAUGAAGCACUUCUGCUGCUACGAGUGUGAGACCGCCCUCGGAGGCCAGCGCUACAUCAUGAAGGACGGACGGCCACACUGCUGCAACUGCUUCGAGUCUCUUUAUGCAGAGUACUGUGAUGCAUGUGGGGAGCACAUAGGUAUUGACCAAGGCCAAAUGACGUAUGAUGGCCAGCACUGGCACGCAACUGAGGAGUGUUUUUGCUGUGCCCAAUGCAAGCGCUCUCUGUUGGGCCGCCCCUUCCUGCCAAAGCAGGGGCAGAUCUUCUGCUCACGAUCCUGCAGUGCCGGGCAGGAUCCAGAUGAGUCUGACUCCUCAGACUCCGCCUUCCAAAGCGCCCGUUCUCGUGAAUCCCGCCACAGCACAAAGAUCGGGAAAAAGGAGCGCAGAAACGUUGAACAGGAACGGAGGAGUGGGGAGGCACGGCAGUCAGCUCCACCGCCUAUGCCUGAUCGUCUGUCCGCUGAAAGUGAUCCUCUGUCUGGACAGAUGGACCGUUUAAGCCUCUCAUCUAGCCAGACCCCUAGCAGGACACCUAACCGCACACCCAGUCGCACUCCGAGCCGUGCCCCAAGCCUUAACCAGGUGUGGAUGAGCCGGGAUGACCCCUAUGUCCCUGCUGCCUAUGAGGCCCCCCAGCAGGCACCCUCCCCCACACCAGCACCUAUACAUCUGCUGGGUCAGUGCAACCUCAGGCAGGGCUACAAUCCCAAUGCUAACGCUCAUCCUCCACCUCAGAAUCCCACCAAUCAAGUGAAGAGGCCUGAUUCCUGGGGGAAGGAACAAGGCAACACCAAGAGGACCCCUAUGGCUGCUCUGAGGGGCCACUCCUUCAAUGAAAAUUGGACCCACCUCAGCCAGGAUGAAUUCAGGCCCAAUAAGCUACGCACCCAGAUGAGCUUCAAUGAGAUGUCCAGCCAUAACCAGGGCAUCUCUGACAAGAGGAGCAUCAGCCUGCAUGGAUUCCAGAGAGACAGCAGACCUCCACUGACCAGGAGGAACCCAAUCAAUGCCAUGAGCUUCAAUGAGCCCCUCACUCCUCUAGAGCAGACUCCCCGUGGAUCCAUGGACUCCAUCACUAUGUCCAAUGCUACAGGUAACUCUCUGGACGGGGGCAGCAAGAGGCAGGAGCAUUUGUCUCGGUUCUCCAUGCCCGACCUGAGCAAAGACUCAGGUGUGAAUGUAUCUGAAAAAAGCAACAUGGGCACCCUCAGCUCCUCAGUGCAGUGCCACAGCACAGAGUCGCUGUCCUCUUCUCGCCCCUACAACAAUAACAUGUACACUCAACUGAGAGUUGGCUAUCCGCUGCAGUACUGGGACGGCCAACAACCCCUGGGUUUUGAAGAUAAAGGUCGUGUCGGGGUGAUGGGCAGCAGUGGAAACUUGCGGAUGGCUCCCAUGAGUGACAGAAUGCCCCGCAGACGCAUUACUACACAAGAAUCCUUCUCUCAGCAACAGCAACCACCACCAAGACGCCGCAAACACCACCGCGGAAACCACGGUAAUGGGCAGCACCGCAGUGGCCGCCACCACAAACGCUCUCGCCGCUCCCGUUCUGACAAUGCUUUGCACCUUGUGGCGGACCGACCUGCUCAGAUGAUAGAGCUGCCCUAUCGCCGUGUCCAGGAGGAUUAUGAUCGCUUCCCCGCUGGUAAUGCUGCUCGGGAGUUACUUGGUCUGGAGCUGGGGGGUUACAGGCAGCAGCCGCCGCACCGGCCUUGCCCCCGCACCACUUCUGAUCUCACCCUGCAGAAUGCUGGCUGGCAGCCUGCGGGGCUUGGUGGGCCAUGCUGGGGUGACAACUACAUGGAGGCCGCUGACCCCUGGUGCUCCAGCUGCUCCUCUUCUUCUGAGUCAGAGGGAGAUGAGGGUUAUUUCCUGGGUGAACCAAUCCCUCGGCCAGUGCAGCUUUGCUACAUCAACAAUGAGGAGCUGCGCCAUCGCUACAGCCCCUCUGGGAUAGGCGGUCAUCACGGACCUCUGCCUCUGCACGGACCCAUUCACGGCCAGAUGCAAACCCGCCAGAGGAGGAAGAGCAAAAACUGCAUUAUUUCCUAGAUUCAGAGCAAAGAGAUGGUCAGGGAUGAAAAGGGAAGUGACAGAGAUAUGAGAGAGAGAGAAAGAGAGAGAGAGAGAGGGAGAGAGAAGGAGACAGUUAAGGCAACAGAGAGGUGGAACAGAGGGAGUGGGAAGGUGAGGGUGAGACAGUUGACAGUGAGAGUGUAUAAAGAGAGUGUUUGCGUGUGUGUUUGUGUGUCACUGUGUGUCAGUGUGUGUUAGGGUCGAAGAGAAAAGGCCUAUUUAUGUACUUGUGAGCUUACACAACUCUACAUCAGGUAGUGUUUGUGUACACCUACACAGAAUGAUCUAAUCACAAGAGGAAGCUCAGCUGGCUUACACAACAGGAAUGUUUACAAUGGUAGAAAUCAAGUCCUCUGAUGGUACCAGGAAGCACCGAUGAAACCGACCACUGAACAUGCUGUGGUCAAGGAAAAUAAGAUAUGCGUGCUUGUCUUUGCGUGUUGUGGACAAACCAGAAAUCGUGUUGGGAUAGUGAAAGUCACGUGCUAGAUUCCAAGCUAUGUCAUUGUUUACCUCAGUGGAAUCCAAAUGCUGCUGGAAUAUAGUGUUGGCCUGUUAUCACCUUGUACAAAUAGUCUGUUGAACUUUGUGCUCUACAUAGCCAGCUCUCUCCAUGCUUAACCAAGGACGGAGAGCCAGACAGCCUCUGCUCCUUGACCAUUCAGGCACAGUAACGUCAGGUAUGGUCCCGUUUUCUCUUCUGCAACAUGCUUUGUAUUUUAAGAGUUACCUAUAGAUGAUUAAGUAUAAUUAAAUAAUAGUGCAAACAAUAAUAAUAAUACAAUUGCAAAUAAUAAUUAUUAUAAUAUUAAAGAAUAAUACCUGUUACAUUUAUAUAUAAUAAUAAACUUAAUAAAAUAAUGGUUGUAGUAAUGUAAAUGUUAUGUACAUAUUGUCUUAAAUAUUUAUAUAUUUUGUAACUAAAGAAUCAUUAUUUGUAUAACAUAAUGUAGAGAUAGGGAGACUUGCAUGUUGAUUUGUUGUCGUUGUCUCAUACUGAAAAUAAAGUGGACU